UCUUACUUAUGUUUGUUUACUUAUCAUACUUCAAACUUCGGGUACCAAAAUUGAAUUGUUUGACAAUGCAAAUUUCCUUAAACCGGAAUGUUUCUUUUAAUGAUAGAUUUCGUUUAUCGAAUAUUUUAAACGAUUAAUUUUCUUAUCAGCGAAAACUUAACAACGGGGAUAGUACACGACGGAAAAGGACUUGAAGGUGAAAUAUGUCUUAAUUUAUUGGAAAAUUAGUAUAUGUAAAUUGAUGUUGUAGCCUUAAGGCUAGAAUUGUGUGAUUCAUCAAAUGAAUUAAAACCGUCAAACAAUUGAUUUGUGAUCGACAUGACAAUAUCUGUUUUUUGUUGUUUUUACUCGUUCUAUGUAAUGUUAAAUGUGGUAUUUGAAAUUUUAAAGGAAAUUAUUUGAAAAUGUUUGUUUCUUCGAAAGUUCGUGCAAAAAUAACAGAUUCUGACCCCGUUUUCAAAACUCGAUAUCUUGGUGACGUAGAAGUGUAUGUUCCAAAUGGAACUGGAUGUACGAAUGCACCUGUACAGAAAUUAUGGGAUAAUUCAGGAGAGGAGAGAGCGAUGAAUAAAGUGACAACGGUUAUUAACAUUCAUGGAAUAUUUAUGAAAGAUUCGGAUAAAAAGAGAGACGAAGGAAAGUUAUUUCCAAUAGAAAAUAUUUCGUUUUGUAACGCGGAGAGUAUUGCUAAUGGAAAAAUAUUUAGUUGGAUAUCAAAAGAAGAAAGUAGUCCGAGAUUACUGUGUCAUGCAGUGCUGUGCAGCACGCCUGAAAAGGCCAAGUCUAUGGCCCUUGUGAUGUCUAGAGCUUUUCAAAUAGCUUAUAAAGAGUGGAAAACGGAACAAAAUAACAUCGUAAGAAGUCACAGGAAAGACAGUGUGAAAACUAAAACAGCUGAUGUUGAUAUACAAUUGAAAUCGAGAUACCAGAUUGAUCAUGGACAUCAAAACGGUGUCAAAAACACCAAGCCUGAUGUUGCGAUAACUGAAGCGAAUCCAAAGACUUUUAUUAAGAAUGGUUCCGAUUCCGACGAUUCUAAAUCAAUCAAAUCGUCAACUAGUAGUGGGAACGAAAGUGUUAACUCGAAAUACAAAGAUUCAGAGUGUCAAACAAGUGAAGCGAAACGCUCAUGCACAACAGAAGGUUACAGAGAAAUACAAGCAACAGAAAAGAUUGACAAUAUAGAUAAAGACACAUUGACAAAUGAUCUAAAAGAUAUAUCUAUACAAGCCGAUAACACAGUUUUUAAAACGGAAAAGAGUAUCGACGGUUGUACCGAUAACAUAUCAAAAGUCCAAGAUAAAAAUAAUAGUGAAAUCACAGUAACCAUUGGAGAUGAUAGUACAGGAACUAUUUCUCAAAAGCUUUAAUCAUAUCUUGUUAUUAGCUGAACAAGUUAAUCUGUCGUUCGCUUUAAGGACAUAGUUUUAUAAUUAUAUUUAUCUGAUACAUAAUCUGGAACUGCUCAACAGCAUUGUCUAAACGGUGCUUCAAUACAUUUAAUAUAUGUACUAGAAAUUGCAA